UUAGAUUGUGAGCCCUUUGGGGACAAGGAAUCAUCUUUGUCUGUCUGUCUGUAUCUGAACCACUCUGAGAACUUUUGUUGAAAAGUGAUAUAUGUAUAUAUUAGUACUAGUGGGAGUAAGAGAGGAGAGCUGGUCUUGUGGUAGUGAGCAUGACUUGUCUCCUUAGCUAAGCAGGUCCACCCUGGUUGCAUUUGAAUGGGAGACUAGAAGUGUGAGCACUGGAAGAGAUUCCCCCCUCAGGGGAUGGAGCCGCUCUGGGAAGAGCAUCUGAGGUUCCAAGUUCCCUCCCUGGCAGCUUCUCCAAGAGAGGGCUGAGAGAGAUUCCUGCCUGCAACCUUGCAGAAGCUGCUGCCAGUCUGUGUAGACAACACUGAGCUAGAUGGACCAAGGGUCUGACUCAGUAUAUGGCAGCUUCCUAUGUCCCUAAGAGCAGUAGUCCAGUAUAUGAAAUACUAUAUGUAAAGGUUGUUCCAUGGAUUCCUCUGAUGAGAAGCCAUAACCUUUAAGCGGCUUUUUACUUAUGGAGCAGGUUCACACGGCUCACUGCAAGUUAGUAUGAGGUGACUGGAGAUUCCCGGGGAACCUGUGCUCCCGACACCGAUUGCAAGUUCAACUCAUUUUGCAAUGUCUGAACUCACCGUGUUGAAUGGAAACGUUGGGUUACCACCACGCCUGACAUCCACCCAACAUUCCUGAGCCAGCUUCAAAUGUUGGUUAUGAAUGUUGGCAGGAACCCACCAGUUUAGGCUCAGCUCACUAGUCAGCCACCAGAGGUGUUUCUUCCUGAUGCGCACAAUGUUCCUCCAGCUCUUGCCUUCCUCCAAGAGUUACCGAGCUGCCAGUCUAUGUUGAGGAGGAGGACUUCAGGGAGAGAAUCACGGGACUACUACAGUCUAGCACGGCCAGCUGCUGGAGAGACGAGAAAUCUCCUAGAAGGGACUAGAGCCAGAAGUCCAGGCCCCGAGAAGCCACUCAGGGAAUGCGCUCUAAAUAUCUCUGAGAAGAGACAGUUAAGGGCCAUUUAUGAGGAUAACACAAAAUACCUGUCAGGGUGGCAUCUCUGGAAACAGACAAGCAGUAAAUCAUGGAGGAAAUUUGUCGAGGAUACCAAAGACUUGUCUUCUUACCUGGAACUUUGGAGACACGACAUUCACAGCAUCGAGGGGAAAUUUGGCACUGGCAUCCAGUCUUACUUCUCCUUCCUGCGGUUUCUGGUGCUCCUGAACAUUGUGAUCUUCCUCCUUAUGUUCAGCUUCAUCACCCUUCCAAGCGCUCUUUCCAGACAUGGAGUUUUCAACAGUAGCUCUGUUCAAGUUUCUCCGAGUACAGAGCAUCGAUGCACAGUUUAUACAGUUAGUGGUAACAAGGGACUCGUUUACUUCUACAAUUAUGUUAUAGAUCUGCUUUCUGGCACGGGUUUUCUUGAAUGGACGAGUCUCUUUUAUGGCUAUUACACCGUUGAUACGAUCUAUUUUGGCAUCCUGAACUACCACGUGCCACUUGCGUAUUUGCUGACCACCCUGGCUUAUCUUUCAAUAAGUCUUCUCUGGAUUGUAAAAAGGUCUGUUGCAGGAUUUAAGCAAAGCUUGGUACGCAGCGAAGAUCAGUUCCAGAGCUACUGCAACAAGAUAUUUGCUGGCUGGGAUUUCUGUAUCACCGAUGUCAACGCUGCACGGCUGAAGCACAGUAGCUUGCACUACGAGCUUAAAACUGACUUGGAGGAGGAAAGGCUAAGGCAGAAGGUUGCAGAAAGGACCACCAAAGAGAAGCUGCACAUCUAUUGCUUGAGAGUCUUCUUAAAUGGCAUCGUCCUGGCUGUUUUGUCCGCAUGCUUUUAUUCCAUCUAUAGAGCAACUGUUUACUCGCAGGAAAAUAUUUCCCAAGACAACAAAGCUAGAUUUGAAGAUACGCUCUUGGUGCAGUACCUGCCCUCGAUGGUGAUCACGUUGGCCAACUUCAUUGCCCCGUUACUCUUCUCGGCUUUCAUCAAGUUUGAGGACUAUUCGCCAGCCUUUGAAAUCCGGUUGACGCUGAUGAGGUGUGUCUUUGUGCGGCUGGCAAACAUUGGAGUUCUUUUGUUCUCGCUGUGGACCCGAAUCACAUCCUGUGCUAAUAAAAAGUGCCAGGCCUGUGGGUACAACUACCAGCUCUAUCCUUGCUGGGAAUCUCGAGUUGGGCAGGAAAUGUAUAAACUGCUAAUGUUUGACUUCAUCAUAAUUUUUGCUAUCACAGUAUUUAUCGACUUUCCUAGGAAGUUGAUGGUUACCUAUUGCUCAUGGAAGGCCUUCCAGUGGUGUGGACUGCAGGAGUUUGCCAUUCCUGACAACGUCCUGGAAAUCGUCUAUGGGCAAACCAUCUGCUGGAUUGGAACUUUCUAUUGCCCACUCCUCCCUGCAAUUGCGACGAUAAAGUAUUUUGUCAUCUUUUACCUGAAAAAGAUAAGUCUGAUGCAUACGUGCAAACCUUCCGCACGGCCCUUCAGAGCGUCCAGCUCCAACUUCUUCUUCCUGGUGGUGCUCUUGAUCGGCCUCGUCUUGGCUUUCUUUCCUCUGGGACUCAGCAUGACACACAUCUUCUCCUCUAAAGCUUGUGGACCCUUUGUGAACUUUGAGCGUUCGUGGGACGUCAUUGCCCACACUGUGGAGCAGCUCCCGGCCGUGCUGCGCAAGGUCCUGAACGGCAUUGCCUCGGAGGCGUUUGCAGUCCCUUUCUUCAUGGUCGUCUGCCUUGUGAUGUUCUAUUUCAUUGCCUUGGCUGGAGCCCAUAAACGGGUUGUGAACCAGCUCAGGGAGCAAUUAGUUAUGGAGAGCCGUGAUAAACUCUUCUUAAUUAGAAAGCUGACUGAAGCACAGAAAUGCAGCUGAGAAGCCUCUGGAUGACUGUCGACGCAAAACAAGACACCCAAAUGGCAGGACCCUGCAGUGCCUUAGAUGUGGAGCUCCUCACUGGAAACUGGGAUGGGUAGGCUUCACUUGCAGCAGGGACGGGCCUUCUGGGACUGAGGCAUUCCUCACGUGAGGGCAUCCUGUUUCUCCACCCACCCCCCUAAUCAUUUGCAGCCUUGUUAUGUUCUCAGGUAUCGUCUUGACUGAGUUGUUGAUCAACUCGGGACCAUUAUUGUGUUGGGCUGUUGGGCUUUUCAUUAUGUGUGUGCUCCAUUUUUAUUUUUGCUUGGCAGGAUUUCUGUAUUUUUCCAGUUGUGCAGGACUAGGCCUCUCCUCUAACCCUGCACAGUCUCUACUCUAGUGGAGCUGCUUCGUGCAGCUCUCCCUUCACUUUCAUUGUGUACGUGACGCCUCUGUUUCCCGGGGGCUCUGUAAAGCCCUCUGCUGCAUGAAGAAGUUACUUAUGAGCUCCCUUUGUAGACUCUUUCACAUUCCUCGUGCUCCAAACUGUCGUCCAGAUUAAGCCGACUCAGGCAGUCCUUCGGAAGCCCAGGAAGCUGUUCCUAAAAGACUUCCAUGGGUGUGGCCUUGCAUUCGUCCCCAUGACAGGGGACAACCUGGGUUUACACUGGAUCAGCUGCAUGGUGGAGAAUAUCGUUCUCCCAGUCCUCCGAUUCUCAGGGGAAUAAACGUCAUCUGUCAACCCGAGCACAGGAGUGCAACUUCACAUGUGCGAUUGGGUCUUGUGGAAGGGAAGGAGAUGUGUACUGCCUGGAUUCUUUUUAGCAGUGAUUCACAGCGUGAGCCAAAGGAUUUGUGGGUCACUACCUCUGCCACCCUAAAUCCUCCUGAAGCCUUGAGAGGUGCAAAUGGAGGUUGGGUGGGGUGUAUGGAUUUUGCUGCUGCAGCUGUUGGCCGUUAGGCCGUUGGCUCAGAUUCUGCAUGAUAAAUGGUUCUCUGCAAGCCCAAUUCAGGCAUUCAAAGAAAGACCGCCUGGGCUGCCGGUCAUAUGCAGUGCCUGCCAUCGUGCGUUCUGGCGCUUCCCUCCCAUUCCCAGGAGCAGCCGAGUGAUGAUGAUGUGCUGGGGCAGGGGACUUCCGGCUCACCUUUGGCCCUUCUAAGGGUGUCCAGGUGUUUCUUAUGUGAACACCUGAAUAUAGCUGCCGCAAAUGUCUAAUUGCCGGACAUGCAUAUAGGCUGCAAAAGAGAGGAAAGCUUAGCUUCUCAGGUUUUUAGAACCUUGGAAGCACACUGGAAACGUGUUAACUACUGUGUUGAAUGGAGGACAGAACUUCAGUGUUGGCCCAUGUCGGGUAGCGGUGCCUUCUUGCCGCUCUUCUGUUCUAGGCAAGCUCUACGUCUUGCCGUAUCCUUCACAUUUAACUCUUAAGGCAUCCUUUUUAGCAACAAGGGCAAGAUAGAAAUAACAUUUUUAAACUGCUGGCCUAAUAUUCUUCUUUUUAUUAGGUAGAUUUUUGGUCCAAGCACUACAUUUGCCUUGUCUAACUUGAAACUGUAGGGAAUAACUUGGAAAGUUAUGCAGUAAUAAAAUGCAUAUUUUAUUCAGGGGCAUAGUUAAAUUAAAUGUGUGAUGUAUUAAUUUUUUCCUAUAUAUUUUAGUAAAUGAGCAAAAGGCGUAAAAAUAUAUUCAUGCUAAUAAAAGCACACUGUGGAUGCUUUAUGAAAACAAUUUUCUUUAAUUUAUACUUGGAUACAUUCUUUAGUUUUACCAGAUUAUAUCACUCAAAGACCAAAUUUGGGAAUAACAUUAAAAAACAAUGACAAAACACUCAGUUGAGUACUUCCAAAUUAUGAGAUAAUUAGAAAGCAUGGUAUCAGACAUAGGCCACAAUCCAAACAAAGUUAAACAAUGCUUUAAUUCCAAUUAAUUGCAAGCAGAUUAAAAUUGAAAGCAUUUCCGUUAAAGGUGGGGCAUGUUUGUCUAUUUUGCCAUUGGAUUUCUGAUCCUUGCUGAAAUUGAUCAUGUAAAUUUCUCUUAACAGUGAAGGCAAAACUUCUUAAAAAUCAAAAUCCAGCUCCAUGAUUUCAGACAGUCUGUGGCUGAUGAGGAGAAUUAUUCAAAGUAGUCCCACUAAAAUUAAAAGGACAAAUUGGGCAUUGUCUUCUGUGGCAUUGUCUUCUGUGUCAGAUUACGGGACUGCUUUGUGUUUUCCUCAUGUCACCCUGUAGGUUUUACGGUAAUUUUUAUUUACAGUCUUUCCACCCUUGCUGGCCUUCCUAACCAUGCCCGGGGCUAUGUGCAUGCCAGCACUGCUUGAGGGCAGCACCACCGGUGCCCUUAGAUAGCUGGGAGGAAGACCGCUGAUUCAGGAAGUAGCGUUGAGCAGCAGAGGAGCAGGUGUGCAGCUAAUCUCCUCUGUUUAAAGGGGCCAGGGAUGUUUUCCGAAUCGCAUGUCAAUAUCACGAUUCAUGCACAUUGCUAAUCCACUGCAGGGUGUGUAAAUGAAAGUGUGCCCACAGUAGAAUCCUGACCAUGGAGAUCAUAGCUGACUAAGAUAAAGAAGGUUGGACCUGGGGUGCUUGGGCAGCUUCCAAACUACAGGAAAAUACAAAAACCCUCAUAACAUCAAUUAUCAAAAUUGCCAACAUAAAACAGAGCCCGCAUGCUAUUUACACCAGAUGAUAUGACUAUGAUUACAAAAUAUUUGUUUUCCACUGAUAUGAGCAUAACCUUUUGACACUGGGCAAGACUAGACUGACAUUUGAGAUAACUAUUAAAAAUGCAUUUUUGAAAUGUUAAUGCUGAUGAUUUGACCCCCAUGUGCAUGACAAAUACGGUAUAACACUGAUGCAAGCUAACAAAGCAAUUGCUGCCUUGACAUUUCUAAAACUCUCCCAAGAGGCAAGAAAUGAACUAACUCUGGUGCAUUAAACCUGGCUGUAAGUCCUCUGCAUGCUUCAGGUUUGGGGGUGUGAACUAAAAUUAUAUGGACAGCUGAGCAAAAUAAACUACUUGUUUGGCACAGACCCCCCCACUUUCAUUUCCCUUCUCUGCUUUGUCCUCUUCAGCGGAAGAUCUGUAGGAAAAUCAGCAACACGUAGAGUAGGUUUUAGAGUGCAGAAGUGAAAAGCAUUGAUUAGGAUAGGAGUUCUCAACAGCGGGUACUAGGACAACUUGAACGGUUCCCAGGGGUUACUCGGAGCCUUCCUGCCUCCCCACACUGCAGCCACACAACUUGUUCCCCAUCUGAGGAUUGCUGGCUUGAAGCCGAUGCAUCCUCAGUGAUGCGUCUGCUGCAAGCUUCAGAAAAUUAGCACUGAGUGCUCCUGUUGGAAAUUAAUGGGACAAGUUUAUUUGUCCCAUUAAUUUCACUAAGUCUGCUUAUUAGUAACCAGUGUGGAUGUGAGCCCAGUGGAGACAAGCGACUCCAGUCACUAGCUCACAUCCUCACUAAGUUACUGGUAAUAACCAGUCUCAUUGAAAGUAGUGGGACAAGUUUACUUGCCCUAUUAAUUUCAAUGCGGGUACUGUGGGAGAAAUCAACUAGGGUUGGUUAUAGGCAGAGGCAGCACCGUUCCAUCAGAUUCAAAGCUUUAUUGAUCACGGUACCGGGUCUCCCAUCAAUCACCAGGGAGAGAGAAGCAGAGCCCCACAAAAUGGUGGUUACAGAUUAUAUACCAAAGCCUUAUCAGUUAUGCAAAUGCAUUUGGUCAGAAUGAGUACCUGUACAUUGUACAUCUUCAGACAGCAUUGACCAAUCAUGGUACUCUAGGCUAGAUACAUUUCUAUAGCUACUGCGCGUGUCCAAGCCACAGAGAGGCUAUUGUUUUGAACUCACAGAAUCUUUCCCAAAUACCACACAGAGAGUAAAACUUUGGUUCAUUUCUCCAUCUUGGAUUUUGCUCUUCCAUCUUAGAUUUUCUACAACAUUACCCAUGGGUAACUUAGUCAGGCUGUCAGCCAGUGGGUGGAGAAGCCCAUCACAUAAUUAACAUUUACGCUUGCGCGCGCAAGAAAAUUUGGGUUGGAGAGAUUAGGAUAAGAGAUACAACUUAUCAUGCAGAAAUAUAUUUUAUUUUUAGGUACAUUUUAUAAUGUUACAGUAUUUUCUUGUGUUUCUAUAUCACAUUUGGGACAUAAAUCUUAUUUUGGUUUUCA